AUGUCUCCAUUAUUCAAAGAAGAAGAUACUAACCUACAUUUAACUAACCCCGUCACUAGAGAUUUACCCCACUCUUUUAAAGAUCUUACUACCGGCUGGAUAGCUAAAAGUAGAAAAGAAUUAAAUUUACCAUUUGUUGAAAAGUACACUUUGGAAGAUGAAACUUUCGUCCCAGAAUUACUUUCCAAAAAAAGCACUGUUAGUACUGAGCACAUUUCUAAGGACAAUAAUGUAGUUGGGGUUGUUGAAGGUGAUUCAAACCAAGAUGAAGAAUACGAUAGCCUAUUUUCAGAUGGAUAUGUUAAUAACUCUAUUGGUACUGCUUCUACUUGUUUGAGUCAAAUUUAUGGUAAACAAUACACUAAUUCAAGAGCUAUACAAAACGUCAGCAGUAUUGCUUUUGUUGGUACAGUUGUCGGACAAUUAACAUUUGGUUAUAUAUCCGAUAAUUAUUCCAGAAAAAAUGCUAUGAUUGUUGGUACUUUAAUCAUUAUCUUGUUUAGUAUAUUGUGUUCUGGUGCUUGGGGUGUGGGUACCACUGGUACUAAUGCUGGUGGGUUGUUUGCGGCUGUUACCGCCUAUAGAUUUUUCUUAGGUAUUGGUAUCGGUUCAGAAUAUCCUGCUGGUUCAGUUGCUGCCCAGGAGGCCGCUAGUUUGUUACCGGCGGGCAAGAGAAAUAGAUGGUUUUGUUGGUUUACCAACUUUAUGAUUGAUUUCGGUUUUGUUGCAAGCAGUGUUGUUCCAUUAGUCAUGCUAAGAAUUUGUGGCACUAAGCAUUUACAACCAGUUUGGCGUAUAACGUUAGGUUUAGGUGCAAUUCCACCCUUGUCAUUAUUUUUCAUGAGAUUGAAAUAUAAAGAAGGUGAAAAGUUUAAAAGAACCAAGUUUAAUAAAACUCCCCCUUAUUGGUUAAGUAUUAAGUUUUAUUGGUUUAGAUUAGCAGUUGUCGCCAUUAUUUGGUUUAUCUAUGAUUUUUCUGCUUAUGCCUUUGGUACUUAUUCAUCUCUAAUUUUAGAUAUUAUUUUGGGUGAAGAUACCUCGUUGGUUAAAACCUUUGGUUGGAACAUUGUUUUCAAUUUAUUUUAUUUGCCAGGUGCGUUUAUUGGCGCAUACUUGGCUGAUUAUAUCGGUCCGAGAUUGACUCUGGUUAGCGGUGUUUUGUUGCAAGCCAUGGUGGGAUACAUUUUGGCUGGGUGUUUUAAAACGUUAAGAACAGAAAUUGGUGCAUUUGUUGUUGUUUAUGGUAUUUUUAUGGCGUUAGGUGAAUUUGUUGGUGAUACCAUCGGUUUAUUGGCUUCUAAUACUGUAGCAACUCCAAUUAAAGGUCAAUACUAUUCUAUUGCUGCUGCAGUGGGGAAAAUUGGUGCUUUUGUUGGUACCUGGGUUUUCCCGGCUAUUAUUAAAAGUCAUGGUGGAUAUGAUUCAACUACUGGUUUGCAAGCACCAUACUGGGUAUCUUCAUCAUUAUGUUGUUUUGCUGGUGUUUUAGCUUUGUUUUUUUUGCCUAGUGUUAAUCAAUAUUCGAGUGGCCAGGAAGAUAAAAGAUAUUUGGAAUACUUAGCUGCUAAUGGGUAUGAUAUUAGUAGUAUGGGUUUACAAAAUAAAAAAAGUGGUUCAACUGAUGUUGAAAGUCUUGGUAUUAGCUCUAGUAUGGAAAACCAAAAUAUCACUGAUAUGACCGUUACCGAAGUCGAUAAUGCUGAAGAAAAAGAUAAAAACUUACACAUCGAUGUUGUACGUACUGAAACUUAUUGA